AUGUCCUCUGCCAUCGUCCGCAACGCUACCAGACAGGCCGCUCGCGCCUCGAGAGUCGUUCGUGCUCCAACAGCGGCUCGUUCGCUCUCCAUGGUCGCACGCGCAACAGCCGUGCAGUCGAAACCACACCAAGUCACUCUGUCGCAGGCGCGUGGCAUGAAGACGAUGGACUUUGCUGGAACAAAAGAGGUCGUGUACGAACGUUCAGACUGGCCCGUAGAGAAGCUUCAAGAGUACUUUAAGAACGACACCCUUGCGAUGAUCGGUUACGGCUCCCAAGGUCACGGUCAAGCCCUCAACGCCAGAGACAACGGUCUCAAGGUUAUUAUUGGUGUCCGAAAGGAUGGGGCCAGUUGGAAAGAGGCUAUUGAAGAUGGAUGGGUUCCGGGCGAGACCCUCUUCCCUAUCGAAGAGGCCAUCAAAAAGGGCACCAUCAUCAUGAAUCUUCUCUCGGAUGCCGCACAAUCAGCUACUUGGCCCGAUAUUGCCCCUCUCAUUACCAAGGGCAAGACUCUGUACUUUGCACACGGGUUCUCCGUCGUGUUCAAGGAGGACACCAAGGUCGUCCCGCCCAAGGAUGUCGACGUUAUCCUCGUCGCUCCCAAGGGCUCUGGUAGGACCGUCCGAACGCUCUUCAAGGAGGGUCGCGGAAUCAACUCGAGCAUUGCAGUUUGGCAAGACGUGACUGGCAAGGCCAAGGAAAAGGCCGUUGGCCUCGGUGUCGCAGUCGGCUCUGGUUAUCUCUAUGAGACCACGUUUGAAAAGGAGGUGUACUCUGACCUUUACGGAGAGCGCGGUGUCCUCAUGGGCGGCAUUCAGGGAAUGUUCAAGGCACAGUAUGAAGUUCUCCGAGCCAAUGGUCACUCGCCAUCAGAGGCGUUCAACGAGACAGUCGAAGAAGCGACGCAAAGCUUGUUCCCACUCAUUGGGCAAUACGGAAUGGACUACAUGUACGCCGCAUGCUCGACUACCGCUCGUCGUGGAGCGCUCGACUGGGCACCCAUAUUCGAGGCGGCCAACAAGCCCGUGUUUGAGAAGCUGUACGAGUCUGUGAAGAAUGGAACCGAGACGCGCAAGUCGCUCGAGUUUAACAACCGCAAGACGUACCGACAAGACCUCGAGCGCGAGCUCAAGGAGAUCAACGACCAGGAGAUCUGGCGAGCUGGGAAGACGGUCCGAGCAUUGCGACCAGAUGCCAAACGCGAUGACUAG